AUUUCAAUGAAAAAAGGUACCACUAACAAACUGCUGAACAGACCUGCAGACUGAUAAUUCAAUUGUUUUACAAUUCUGCAGUUUGUUCUCUUGUAGAUUAAUUUUAAACUGCGGCAAGUAUGGAUGACAGCCUACAGGCGACAACACUUACGAGAAUAUUAGCUGCUGCAUUUUAUGGGAUUUCAUCAACUGUUAUAAUGCUUGUUAAUAAAAGUGUUCUGACAUAUUAUAAAUUCCCUUCUGUCCAAUUUCUUGGUGUUGGUCAAAUGAUUGCAGCAGUUCUAAUUUUACGGUCUGGAAAAACAGUAGGACUUGUUUCCUUUCCAGACUGCGAUGCCCAAUUACCAAAGAAGAUUUUUCCUCUACCUCUCAUAUAUCUCGCCAACUUGAUUGCUGGAUUGGGAGGAACGAAGAAACUAAGUCUUCCAAUGUUUACUGUACUAAGAAGAUUUUCUAUUUUGUUUACAUUGAUAUUAGAGUUCUUUGUACUCAGGAAGAAAGCAAGUCGAACUGUCACCUCAACAGUCUUGAUGAUGAUUGGAGGAUCAAUUAUUGCUGCAAGUGAUGAUCUUGCAUUUGAUUUGGUUGGAUAUACGUUCAUUAUUGCUAAUGAUGUUUUCACAGCAUUAAAUGCAGUUUUUAUGAAGAAACUUCUCAAUGCACAGGAUCUUGGGAAGUAUGGCAUAACAUAUUACAACUGUUUAUUAAUGCUUGUUCCAGCUGCCUGUAUUCUUUAUUAUACUGGUGAAUUAGAGAAAGGAAUCUCCUAUCAAGGAUGGGAUGAAUUUGCAUUCGUUUUCCAAUUUCUUCUCUCAUGCGUAAUGGGGUUCAUCUUGAUGUAUUCAAUAGCAGUUUGCACAGCUUAUAAUUCCGCAUUAACUACAACUGUGGUCGGUUGUUUAAAAAAUAUCGCAAUAACAUAUUUUGGAAUGAUGUUUGGUGGUGAUUAUUUAUUUUCUUGGAUCAAUUUUAUUGGCGUUAACAUAAGUGUUGUCGGCAGUAUCGUUUAUUCAAUAUUUACGUUCAAAGCUCAACAGGAAAAGAACAAACCAAAAAAACAACCACAAAGUUUAUGAUGGAAAUCUAUUAAUGAACUAUUUUUAUUAGUUAUUUUUAAAUUGAACUUCAAAUCAAAUCUUCAUUGCACUGAGACAUAUCCAACUUAUAGAAAUUAUUAUUUACAUUUGUACUAUUAGUGUAUAAUAUGUAGGUGCAUAUCUAGGGGUGGUUUUGUAGCCUAAAAUGAGUUUAGUUUGGAGAAAAAAAUUCAGUUUUGCGUGAGAUUUAUUUUUCAAACAGGUUAUGUUUAAAAAUCAUUUAUUGUAUAGUAUUUCAAAAUUUAAAGAAAAAAUAUUUCCGAUUUAGAAUAUUUUGACAUGAUAAAGCUGCUUAAGCUAAAAGUGCCACCCAAAUAUAUAAUGAACAUUGUUACGAUUUAUUUUUAUCUAAGUACAAUUCUAAAAAAUGUAAAAAGAUUGUGUCCGAUAAGUUAAGUUUUUAUUAACUUCCAUUAAUCAUUUGCUUCAUCUUCAAUUCUUUAAUUUUUAUUGGUUUUGUGCCUUGCUUAUACUUGCAUAGUGGUCAUUGUUUUCUUUCUAUGCUUAGGUGCUGAUGAGAGAAUUUUUAAUUUUAUUGUUAAUUCCAACUGCCUUACCAAUUUUUCUAAAUAUAGAGCAAUUGUUAUGUACUAUUUAACUUUGAUAAUAACUUUAUAUAAAAUAUAUUAUAUCAAUAUGGCUGGCAUCGUAUUGAUACUUCUAAAAAGUGUCAGUAAAAUCUUUGUAGAUUUGUGUAAUAUCAUCAACACUUCAUUUUAUACCUCACACAAGUCAAACCAUAUGCUUAAUAUGAUAUUUAUAGGCAUAGCUAUAAUAUUUCUGAUGUGAUAUGGCAUGUAGUAUAACAAUAUUCUCCUGCAUUACACUUAAUAUAUUUAUAAUUAUUAUGCAGUAUAUCGUGCAUCUAUGUAAAAAAAUAUUGGGAAAAAUUUAAUUUUAAAGUAUUUUUAGCAAUCUAAACAAUGUGUUAGCUUUUUGUUUUUGACCAAUAUUCUUAAUUAAGCUGUCUCCUAUUUUGUGAUUAAGAUGAUUGCCAUGGAUAUCCAUGUCUGAAUAGUUAUGAAUGGUAACUCAGCGUUGUGUUUUGGUUUUGGAUAUUGUUGCCAUCUAGAAUUCUUCCUUUCAAUUAAUUUUGAUUUCGAGAAAUCUAACAGUAUGAUAUUUUCCCACUGUUUUAUGACACUGCCGUUCUUAUUGAGUUAUUGCCAAAAAUUGGUCUCAAAAAUCCUUUUUGAUAUUCAAAUUCUUAUUACACAAGUUUUAGGAGUUCUUACACUACCCUUUUCAAUAAUCCAUGUAAAAUGUUCAUCCUUUUGUAUUGAAAAUUUCUCGUUUCUUAAUAGAUUUGGUGAUAAAAAAGGUUGUAGGAGAGAGCUUGUUCAAUUGUAGAUUAGCCACUGUUAAUCUGUGCACGUAGUUCAUGUUUUUAACACUUCCAAUUAUUUAUUAUCUACAUGUAG